AUGGUCAACGAGAGCUCCCCAGUGGGCUUUAUCCCUGGCUUUUCUGAACACGCAGGACUUGAAAAGAUUCUCUUUGUGGUUGUCUUGACUUCAUACCUCCUGAUCGUGGUGGGCAACACAUCCAUCAUCCUGCUCUCCAUGCAGGACCCCAGGCUCCACUCUCCAAUGUACUUUUUCCUCUCCAGCCUCUCCUUCCUGGAUCUCUGCUUCACCACAAGUUGUGUCCCCCAGAUGCUGUUCAACUUCUGGGGCCCAAAGAAGACCAUUAGCUUCCUUGGGUGUUCCUUGCAUCUCUUCGUCUUCCUGUUCCUGGGGACCACUGAGUGCAUCCUCCUUACACUGAUGGCCUUUGAUCACCACGUGGCUGUCUGCCAGCCCCUCCACUAUGCCACCACCAUCUACCCCCGCCUCUGCCGGCAGCUGACAGCUGUGGCCUGGGUCACCGGGCUGGUGGAGUCAGUGGUCCAGACACCGUUCACCCUACACCUGCCCUUCUGCCCCCACCGACAUGUAGAUCAUUUUGUGUGUGAGGUCCCAGCUCUAAUUCGACUCUCUUGUGGGGACACCACCUACAAUGAGAUCCAGAUGACUGUUGGCAGUGUCCUCAUCUUGGUGGUGCCCCUCACUCUCAUCCUUAUCUCUUACGGUGCCAUUGCCCAGGCAGUGCUGAGGAUUAACCCUGCAAAGGGUAGGUGGAAGCCUUUUGGGACCUGCUCCUCCCAUUUCAUUAUGGUCAUCCUCUUCUAUAGCUCAGCCAUUGCUGUCUACCUCCAGCCCCAAAAUCCCUAUGCCCAAAAGAGGGGCAAGUUCUUUGGUCUCUUCUACGCAGUAGGCACUCAUUCACUUAACCCUCUCCUAUACACCCUGAAGAACAAGGAGAUAAAGAGGGCAUUUAUGAGGUUGCUGGGAAGGAUGCGGACCCCAGACGAAGCUGACAGUUAG